AUGUCGAACCCGCACGACACCACCGCAAGCGGCAAGGUCCAAAAGCGGAAACGGGUCCGCCCUCUGCCCGCGCAUGUAAAUGCGCGCAACCUGGCUACCGAGAAGAGGAAACGGUGUGAGAUGAAGGAGAACAUCAUAGACCUGGCCCGCUUGGUACCGUCCCUCGCCAACGCCCGCCGCUUAAACAAAGUCCUCAUCGUCAACGAGAGCAUCAAGCACUUCCGUACCCAGCGGGACAUGUGCCUGGAUGCCGCCGAGGACAUGCAGGACCUGAUUGCGGAGAACCGGCGUUUGGUGGCCGAGAUUAAUGCGAUGCGCGCCCAGACCGGACAGCCGCUUGUUGAGCCGAGGCCAGUCUCAGAGGCGAUGACGCAGUUGAUGAGCGUCAAAGACGAGGUUUAUGGUGUCUUCAACAACGGGUUCGGCGACAACUGGGCCGCCGAGGCUGACGAGAACCAGCGCUCGAGGAGCGGUACGGCAGACCAGGACCUGCAGAUGGGGCUAUUUCCACCGGGGGAACAGACGUAUCUUGCGCAGCUGUCGCCGCCGGAUGAACUUACGUGUUGA